AUGUUCAAUAGGUGCUGGUAUGGUCCACCACCAAGUUUUGAUUUAAUGGAAAUACAAGAUACUUUAUUUUGUUUAUUUGGUUAUAAUAUAAGUGAUCAAUUUGUAACAUUAAAAAAAUCAAUAGAUUAUUUUCAUAAAUAUAAUAGAUUUAUUUUUGUUCAAGGUAGUAAAAAAACAGAAUUUCUUGAGGAAUAUUUAAUGAAAUGUUUUGAUGAUUUUGAAUUUUUAUCACAAAAUAAAAUUAAUGAUUGA